CUUCAUCUUCCACAAUGGAGCCUUCUCUUCGUCUCGUACCCGCACCUGCACCCAAGUCCGCGUCGGUGAGGGACACUGCGAACAGCCUCGGUCUGCACGACAAUCUCCAGUAUGGGCCUCGUAGCAUCGCGGCAGAAGUCACUACGAACAGUGGCAUAAGGGGCCGACUAGAGAACUGGCAUGAGACACAGGACAACCUCAAGCUCACCAUGCAGCGCAACAUGUUCGGUCUGCACAUGCCUAUGCGGCAGCUUAUGGAGCGCAAGCUCGUGUCAUACAACCCGCACAUGCCUGCAUUUCCUCAGUCAAACAUCCACCUCGACAUCCUAAUGGGGCGUGAUGAAUCGCUCGAACCAGCGGACUUUAUGAUGUCAUCCAGGCCUGCUUUGCGUACGGCGGCCAUUCUAGUGCUGGGCGACAUAGGUCGCAGCCCACGCAUGAUGUACCACGCUGAAAGCUUUGCCACGAACGGAUUCGAAACGUUUCUUGUGGGGUAUCCUGGCUCGAAGCCUGUCCCUUCGCUUUUGUCUAUCCCUCUCGUACACUUCGUCUAUCUCUCGACGCCGCCUGCCUACCUGUCAUCACUGCCCUUCGUCAUCGCCGCCCCGCGCAAGGUGCUCCAUCAAGUCUUUAGCAUCUUGCACGCAUUGCUCGUGCGUAUCCCGCACCCGCCUGAGUUCAUCGUCGUCCAGAACCCACCCAGCAUCCCAACUCUUGCGCUUGUAUGGCUCGUGGCUAGACUGCGGGGAAGCAAGGUGAUCAUCGAUUGGCAUAAUCUCGGCUACAGUAUCCUCGCUCUGAAGCUGGGCGACAAGCAUCCUCUCGUCCGGAUAGCUAAGCAAUUCGAGGCGUAUUUCGGACGGUCUGCGUAUGCACAUCUCUUCGUCACGCGCGCCAUGUGCAAUUUCCUCGUCAAGGAGUGGAAAUUAGAGGGUCAUAAACUCAUCCUGCACGACCGGCCCCCCGCACGCUUCCACCGUGCCUCGCCAAGCGAGAUGCAUGAGCUCUUUCUCCGCCUCCAGCCGGCACUUGCGCUCCCCACUCUAACAUCCUUCUUACCUCCCUGCGUCCCACCGUACUCCACGCCCUUCACUACAAUGCCGCAAAGCUCUGACACCACGGCGAUGGGCGCGGGUGCGUCCCUGCCCAUGCCGCGCGAAGACCGUCCAGCACUGCUCGUCUCGAGCACAUCGUGGACACCGGAUGAAGACUUCAGCAUCCUGCUGGAUGCGCUCGUACGCUACGAGGAGCGUGCGCGAGAGUGCCGUCGGCUGCCGAAGGUGCUCGCAGUCGUGACGGGCAAAGGGCCGCUGCGCGAUAAGUACAUGCGGGAGAUUGGACGCAUGCAGAGUGGCGAGGGGGGCGGUGAGCCCUGGCAAUAUGUGCGGUGCAUGAGCAUGUGGCUGGAGGCAGAGGACUACCCAAUUUUGCUCGGAUCUGCGGACCUUGGGAUCUCACUGCACUCAAGUUCGUCUGCCCUGGACUUGCCAAUGAAAGUUGUCGACAUGUUCGGGUGCGGGUUGCCCGUGUGUGCACUUGGCUUCGCAUGUCUGGAUGAACUCGUCAAAGACGGGACAAACGGGCUGGUGUUCCACAAUGCCGAGCAGCUAGCCGCCCAGCUCGAGAGCCUACUCUCGUCACAUCCUAACUCGGCUCAGCUGGAGACUUUACGUGUGUCGCUGCAGCAUUCGACCCCGAUGUCGCCCUCGACGCACACGUCGUCAGCUUUCGCCGAGGGGCCCCAAGAAGAGGAGGACGAAGAGUCAUGGCGCUGGUGUACGUGGGCACAAAACUGGGAUCGUGUCAUGCGGCCGCUCUUGCUCAAGGAUGUAGGAGGCGAUGACCUGUGA